AUGUCAUCAUCAAUUUCACCUAACGGUAAAGCCAUUAUACUUCCGGAUAGAGCCCAACCUUUAGCAAAUUAUCCACAUGCAAGAAUUGCAGGUGACUUCAUAUUUAUAUCUGGAAUUUCUUCACGUAAACCUGACAACACAUAUGAUGGUGUGAUUGAAUUACCGGAUGGAUCGUUCGAAUUGGACAUUCGUAAACAAACUAAAGCCGUCAUUGAAAAUAUUGGAGUGAUAUUGAAUCAAGCGGGUGGAGCUUCGUUAAGUAACCUGAUUGAUUUGACGGUGUUUCUAGUGAACAUGCAAGAUUAUCAUGGGUUCAAUGAAGUUUACAAUCAAUAUUUUGAUCAGAUUAAUGGACCUUCUAGAACAACUGUUGCUGUUUUUAAAUUACCUUCGCCCAGAUUACUAAUUGAGAUUAAAGGUACCGCUUUAUUACCAAAAUAA